AUGGGUCGCACAAAAGGUUCUGAGGCGGGUAAUUUAUCAGUGACAAAGCGUGGGUCGAAAGGUAAAGACAGAAGUGGUGUUGUUGUUAAAAGUGGUUUCGAUGGCCCAAUGAACGCUCCUUGGCGUAAAACUGUAUCAAUAUUCAAGCAGCCCGUUACGCUGGUUCAUACGACUAGUCGCGAGACGAAAAAUCCCACAUCUGAACAGUUGAGAAGAGGCACAUGUGGUGGUUCAGCGGCGAAAAUAUUCUGGGCGAAAGCAUUAGAAGGCGUUUGUGCGAUGGUACCAGUUUAUAAUGCAGAUCGUAUAAUCGCGGAACAUAACGAGCAUAUCGCACAGCGGUUGAACCUUGCUGGUAAAAUGGAACCUGCAUUGACGGUGUUGGGUGCAGAUGCAUCAGCUGCAUCUUUAUGCUCUGCAUUGCACGGCUUUUGCUCUGCCACUGUCACUGGACAAACAGCACCAAAGAAACAGAUUGAUUCAAAUCCAUCGAUCAAUACGAAUAUUGAACAACCUUUCGUUCAGGCCGUGAAUGUAAAUGAACAAGAUAUUCAACAACAAGAGCGUAGAGUAUUAGAUAUGCGCAAAAGGCUACAAGAAGCUCGCAAGCAUUUCCAUUUAUGA